CGAGAGUGCAGCGUUGAAAAAUUCUUGACAGCCUCAAGAGUGUUCGGGGGUAUUCGAUAAAUAAUUAGCAAAUGCUCAUUCACCGGUGGACCAGUUGAUUUAUUAAUUAUCUCCGGAUGUUUUUAAACACAAAUUUGAGGCUGAAACAACGACGUCUGCGUGUGCAAUCUCUUCUGACGAAAAAUCACCCGUUUUAGUGAAAAUAUGAGGCUCGUAUGACUCAAAUAAUGAAGCCCAUACCCAUUUUGUUGUUUGAUCCCAAUUGGAAAGAAUGGGUGAGUGUUAAGUGGGAAUUGUAGAGGGAGACAGAUACUCGAGGAAGCAAAAUAAAAGAACGUACCAAAUAAAACCGGACAACGUCAGAAUGAAUUAGGAGAGUUUAUGAUUGUUGAAAUAUUUUAAUUGGCAAACGACGCUCGGGGUAUCCCUGGUGUGGCGAGUGGAGAAGCAGUGGAGAGGUUCUGUGGGAUGUCCUCAGGGGAGAUUUCCAAUUGGCGACUGCUGUUGGAGGGGGAUAUCGACGGGUGAUUGGUUGAAAAUUGUCGUCCAAAGUCGUCUUUCUGACGUGUGAGGCGGUGAAUUUGUGUUUGUAUUUAGUUAACCUCGUUUGGUCGUUCAAUUCAGUGAUGAUUCAGUGAUAUUUUUGAGGAAAUGUCCCUCAAUGAGGCGAAUCCCGAGAGGAUUCUCAGAGAUGUCAGGCAGGCAUUUCCCAUUCUCGACGGGGAAGUGCAGUCUGUGUGCUCCGACGACGAGUACUCCAAGAUAAUAGAGGGGAUCAGGGCUGGAAAUGCUGGGGAUCGGGUCAGGACACUCGUCAUCGAGGAAAUCAAGUUUCAUAUCAGACAGCAAGUGGCGCCGGCUUUCUGGGCGAAAUUCACCGGGAGUUUCGAUGAGGAACAGGGCUUCGAGCAGUUCAGGAGUGCUGUCGACGAUCUGUACUCCCGGCUCCUGGAGUUCCUGCCCCUGCUGAAGAGGUUGGAGAUGCUGUCGCAGGUCAACGAGCCCCAGAGCUCCCCCCAGAGUCAAUCCUUGAAUAUUCUAGCUCAGUUCAAGCUGAUUGUCAGGUCCACGUUGUUGAGCCAACUACCAGUGGCUCACGAUGUCAUUAUAGAGCAGUUUUACAAGAUUGCUCUCAAUGUUUUCUGCAAUACGGAUUCACUGACUGUAGAUCCUGGGGGAAUUGCGGCCUCUCAGUGCGCCGGAUGCAAUAAAGAAGUGGACAGUUGCCAGUGCCAGAUGAUUGUUUACAUGUUUCAUGAAACUAAUCGUAAAUUAAUUGAGCUGGAACUGUUGGAGCGAUUAGUUGGGAAUGUCCUGACGUCUCUCAUUUACGUGAGAAUUAAGGAUCAUGUUCACAGGGUUUGUGACAGGUCUCUCGAUGUGUCUCAACUUUCGUCUCUCGAAACUUGGCUUGAAACAGUGGUUCUGAGCUGGCUCACACGAAUAUUCUCCGGUGGCUCUUCCAAGUCAGUCUCACUGGACUCCAAAAUCCGAGAUGCAAUAUUCAAAUUCAAGAGGAAACUCUCGUACUAUCUCUACGAGACUUACACGAAUAUCAGGAUUUCUCAGCUAUUCAACAUAAUCAUCGAGUACCCGGACUCCCAACCAGCCAUCGAUGACCUUCGGGUCUGUCUCGAACGAACGGACUUGAGGAAGUCUCUGAUAACCAGCCUUCAAGAGGCUUUAAAGACCAGACUGCUUCAUCCUGGGGUCAACACUCCGGAUAUUCUCACUGCUUACAUCGCUGCUAUUAAAGCGCUGAGGCAGCUCGAUCCUACUGGGGUUCUCCUGGAGACUGUCACUGAACCUAUCAAGUCGUAUUUGAGGAGCAGGAGUGAUACAGUCCGAUGUGUGGUGAGUGGUCUCCUGGACGACUUCCCCAGCGACCUAGCCGACGAACUAGUGAAGGGAGAGUCUCUCCAACUGGACGAUGGUUCCGUGGACGAGGAGAACGAGGACUGGGAGAAGUGGAUGCCAGACCCAGUCGACGCCGACCCAGCAAAGUCCAACCAAAGAAGAAUGUCUGACAUAAUCUCAAUGCUCGUGAACGUCUACGGUAGUCAGGACCUCUUCGUCAACGAGUACAGAACCCUCCUGGCGGAUCGACUCCUCUCCCAGCUGAACUAUCACACAGACAGGGAGAUUCGACACUUGGAGCUGCUGAAGAGGAGAUUUGGGGAGAACCAGUUGCAUUACUGCGAGGUGAUGCUCAAGGAUAUUUAUGAUUCUAAAAGGAUCGAUGGGCUCAUCCAGACUAAUCCCACUUACAACACCGGGGAGGAGUGCUCGUCAUCUCCAGGAUUCUCCACUUCAGCUCUGAUACUCUCGGCCCAGUUUUGGCCCCCCUUCAAGGAGGAGUGGAAGCUGAAGCUUCCCAAGUUUGUGCAGAAUCAGUUGGAUAAAUACGUUAAAACGUUCGAGACACUCAAGGGGAACAGGACACUCUGCUGGAAGCCACACCUGGGGAAUGUCAAUCUGGAGAUCCAGUUGAGGGACAGGAAGAUUGAUAUCAGUGUCACGCCCAUCCAUGCCACCAUCAUCAUUCAUUUUCAAGAAAAGAAUCAGUGGAAUGUGGAGGAAUUGGCUGAAGUCAUGCACGUCCCUCCGACGAUUUUAAGGAGAAAGAUAUCGUUCUGGGUGUCUCAGGGGCUGUUGAAGGAAACUGAGAAUGACGUGUUCCUGCUGCAGGAGGACAGCAACACGAAGAACAGAUCGGUCGCAGAGCAUUGCGUGGAGGAGGAGGAGGUGGAGAGUGCCAUGGCCAGUGCCAGCGACCAGAGGGAGGAGGAACUCCAGGUCUUCUGGAGUUACAUCGUCGGCAUGCUUACGAAUCUGGACUCCAUGCCUCUGGAGAGGAUUCAUCAGAUGCUCAAGAUGUUUGCUUCACAAGGGCCUGGAGCUGUCGAGUGUGGACUCCCGGAGUUGAGGCAGUUUUUGGAUAAAAAAGUCAGGGAACAUCAGCUGCUGUUUUCGGGAGGACUGUACAGGCUUCCUAAGCUUUAAAUAUUGUGUGUGAAAUUUAAAAACAUGUUUGUAGGAUUUUUUAAAAUACAAUUGCAUUAAACAUGACGUUUUUGUUAUCAAAUUCAUUUAAAAGAGGGGAAAAUCAUAUGUGCGGGGAAAAUGUAAUUAUCGAAUAGAAUAAAAAGAACUUUUGUUUGCUAGAUUUAUUUUCUUGAGCUUUUCAUUCUGUAUAAAAGAAAAAAAUUAUAUAAUGAAGGUGAAAA